CGUGCACGUGGUUGCGUGCAUCGGCCGUACCAGGCAGGCCGUACGCAAGCCAGGCUGAGCCGAAGAAAGAUGCCGGCAAGUAUGCGCGUGAGGGUUGAUCUUUCGAACGUGUUAUCCGCCUCAGAAUCACCGCACCCCAUAACGUGGAUGCACAUUGACGUAUCUGUAAUAACAACUGUAAGGCUUCUUGCCAAGAGGAUAAAGCGACGGUACGGGUUGUCGGGAAAGUUAGAUUUAUUCCUUGAGGAUGGCCUUUUACCACCAGAUGAAGAGAUACAGGUUCUGCGCGAAAACGAUGUUAUUAGGGCUGUAUCAGCACAUCGCAGCAACACUUCCAACGAAACCUCCACCGUAAGAGCCCCUACCCAAGAAAGGAAACGAAGACGUACCAGCGUGCCCCUCGUCGAAGAGCACGAAAAUUUGAGCAUUAAUGGCGCUACUUGCGCGCCCUUAGAUAAAGCUACAGUAUCUACCGCUGAGGAAACAGACGAAGCACCAGCCACGAACCAGACUGGUCAACAACAUACUGUCCUCCUUCAAGUCCACACGGAGGCCACUACGUCCGCCUGUGACCCUCAGGUUGCGCGCCGCAAACGUGUUCGCAAGCACAAGAAACGGAAACGGACCGUAUCUCCCGAACUUGUCGCGACAUCCCGAGUGACGAGCUAUCAGGCGUCGACUCCAAUUCAAACGAAUGCAGGAAACAAGCACAAGUUCUUCGAUGACGGCAACGAAGACAGCGACAGGGGAGAGCCUAUCUCCGAACAGGUUUACUCGAAAGUGCCCUCGGAGCAGACGUAUAGUGCGCCUCUGUUGCCACGGCAACCGAAACAACGUUCUUUCCAAGGAGCAGAUCCAGUACAAGUGAAGAACAGCAAGGCAGGAAAGGAGGACUCUCAAGGAAGGGACAUAGCAUUCACGAGCGCCAUCGUGGAGCCUGAACCGCCAAUCUGCGUCCCCUUUCGGAAUGCUGAAGACGAAAAAGCAGCCGUUCAUCAUCAGCAACCAUACAUGGAUGAGUACACCCCAACCAGUGGUGAUGCGCAAGCGCAGAGAUCCUACGACACAUUCCCGCCACUCAGAGUGCCCAUGGUGGGGAACAACAUUGCAUUCAAGGUGUUAGAAAUGGACGAAAACUACAGUCCGAGAGAAUCGUCUUUCAGGGAAGGCAAAGUGCUGUCGUUCAACCCGAAAAGCGGUCAAGUGUCCAUCCGUCUCACAGAGCCUGUCCCAGACCCGAGUAUGUUUGUUCCCAUUACGAAUGACGGAGAGGGUCCGCCGCUCGUUUACGAAGUCAGUCACAUCUGGAGUCACCUCCUGCACCCAGUGCUGCUGAGUCACGCGUCUGCGUGAAAGCACACUCCAUCGCAGCAAACCUUAGACAGAACUCAGAGUCACGUCACUUCAUUAAAUACAUUGUGUUUCUCA